CUCAGCCUCUUUCUCGUGGCGAGCGCGUGUGGCAGGCGCCCGUCGUCUCGCGCCGCAGUUCUUAAAGGGCGCACGGGGAAGAGCGCGCGCGCGCGCGCGGAGUGGAUGUGGCUUAGCUUUGCGUGAAUGCUAGCAGGAGCCCCGCAGAUCGGGGCUAGUUUAACCCUUCCAUGGGUCUCACCAAGCAAUAUUUGCGCUACAAAGGCCCUGCCCUCUUUGGAGUGGUUGCUAGCCAGAAAGGCAAUAUUGUCUAUGUGACUCUGCGGGGUGAAAAAGGCCGUUAUGUGGCAGUUCCAGCCUGUGAACAUGUUUUCAUCUGGGAUACACGGAAAGGAGAAAAGGUUCUCAUCCUUCAGGGCCAGAAGCAGGAGGUUACUGCUCUCUGCCCAUCCCCAGAUGGUCUGCAUUUGGCUGUUGGAUAUGAGAAUGGAUCCAUCUGUAUUUUCAGUCUCUUAAGUGGUGAAGGAAAUGUCACUUUCAAUGGUCAUAAAGCUGCUGUUACUGCCUUGAAAUAUGAUGACCUGGGAGGGAAGCUUGCCUCAGGAUCAAAGGACACAGAUGUCAUCGUUUGGGAUGUGAUCAAUGAGAGUGGUUUGUAUCGACUGAAGGGCCAUAAGGAUGCUAUUACACAGGUGCUCCUCUUAAAGGAGAAGAAUAUAUUGGUUUCCAGUGGGAAAGACACCCUAGUGAAAUGGUGGGACUUGGAUACUCAGCACUGCUUCAAAACCUUGGUUGGACACCACACUGAGGUAUGGGGAUUAGCUUUGGUUUCUGAGGAGAAACUUCUUGUAACUGGUUCUGCUGACAGUGAACUAAGGGUUUGGAACAUCAACUAUAUCCAGGAAGACCAAGACCCGAGUGAACCGGAACAGAAGAAAAGCAAAGGACCUGCAGAGAGCACGGAAGGAUCUCCUGAGGAGGACAGGGGAAACGAUCAGGAUGAGAUCCAGGAUGAGCGCAUCCUGAGAUGUCAGAAAGCUGGUUCUGUCAUGCGGGAAGGAAGGGACCGAAUUGUUAGUCUUGGCACUGACAGGACAGGGAGGAUUCUCGCUUGCCAUGGAACAGAUUCUGUCCUGGAGAUGUUCUAUGUCCUUAGUGAGGAAGAGAUUCACAAGAAAAUGGAGAAGAAAAUGAAGAAAGCAAGGAAAAAGGCCAAGCAAAAGGCAAAUGUGGAGGAAGAACCUGAGAUCAAUGUGGAAUGCAGUCUGCAGGAAAAGAUUCAGCGUCUCAUUAGUAUCAAAGCUUCAGCUAAAAUCAAGUCUUUUGACAUGAUACUCAGUCCAAGAGGAGAACUGAAAGCUAUUGUAAUGCUCCAGAACAACAUCAUUGAAUCAUACACUUUGAACGCAUCAGGGCAGUCACCUCAAGUCGUGCAGAUGUCCAAGAUAACUAUUGGCGGUCACCGCAGUGAUGUCAGGACAGUAGCGUUCAGCUCUGACAACAUUGCUAUUCUCUCUGCUGCUGCUGAGUCAGUUAAGAUUUGGAACAGGUCUACAUUGCAGUGUAUCCGGACUAUGACGUGCGAGUAUGCCCUUUGUUCAAUCUUUGUCCCUGGAGAUCGACAAAUCAUUGUAGGAACCAAGACUGGGAAGCUUCAGCUGUUUGAUUUGGCUUCUGGAAAUUUAUUGGAGACUCUUGAUGCUCAUGAGGGAGCCCUCUGGUCCAUGUGUCUUUCAUCCGAUCAGCGUGGCUUUAUCACAGGCGGUGCAGAUAAAUGUGUCAAGUUCUGGGAAUUUCAGCUUGUGAAAGAUGAGAAGAGUAUCCAGAAGAGGCUGUCUGUGAAGCAAACCCGUGUCUUGCAACUGGAUGAAGAUGUUCUCUGUGUCCGGUACAGCCCUAACCAAAAACUUCUGGCAGUAGCAUUACUGGACUGCACUGUAAAGGUAUUCUACACUGACACACUCAAGUUCUUUCUGUCUCUGUAUGGACACAAGUUGCCAGUGCUGUGCAUGGAUAUCUCCUAUGAUGGGGCGUUGAUUGCGACUGGCUCUGCUGACAGGAAUGUGAAGAUCUGGGGCUUAGACUUUGGGGAUUGUCAUAGGUCUCUCUUUGCUCAUGAUGACAGUGUGAUGUGUCUCCAGUUUGUACCCAAGUCCCACCUCUUCUUUACAGGAGGGAAAGACCACAAAAUUAAACAGUGGGAUGCUGAUAAGUUUGAGCACAUCCAGACCCUGGAGGGGCAUCACAAGGAGGUGUGGAGUCUGGCCCUCAGUCCCAACGGCGACUAUCUCAUCUCCUCCUCUCACGAUAAAUCGUUGCGUCUCUGGGAAAGGACAAGAGAGCCACUUAUUCUGGAAGAGGAGAGGGAGAUGCAAAGAGAAAUGGAGUAUGAAGACAGUGUGGCGAAGGAAGACCAGCCUGUGGUUGCUGGGGAGACUCAAGGAGAGGCAGGAUUAGCAGGGAGGAAGACCAUUGAAACUGUCAAGGCAGCCGAGCGGAUCAUGGAAGCCAUUGAGCUAUACAGGGAGGAGACUGCCAAGCUGGAAGAGCACAGAGCCAUCUGUAAAGCUGCUGGAAAGGAGGUUCCUCUUCCUGUAAACCCAGUUCUCCAGGCUUACGGCAAUAUUUCACCUUCUGCUUAUGUACUAGAUGUUCUCAAGAAGGUGAAAUCAAGCGAACUGGAAGAAUCUCUGUUGGUGCUUCCCUUCUCAUAUGUGCCUGAUCUUCUCACGCUCUUCAAUCAGUAUCUUGAGUUGGGUUCAGACGUAGAACUGCUCUGCCGGGCUCUCCUGUUUCUGCUAAGGAUUCACUUUGGACAGAUCACAAGCAAUCAGCUUCUUAUCAAGGUGAUGGAGAAUCUGAAGAAGACCACCAUCUGUAAAGUCAGUCAAGUGCGGGAUGUGCUGGGGUUUAAUAUGGCUGGUCUCCAGUUCCUAAAGAGAGAAAUCGAGGCCAAAGAUGAAGUGACUUUUUUUGCUGAUGCUACUGACCGAUUUGAGGAGAAAAAGAGGAAAAGAAAGAAGAAGCAGAGGAUGAUUCUUGCAGUGGCCUGAUUAGGACAGUCUGGGGAGGGAGGCGCUGCUCUGGUGUGGGUGUGUGGGAUGCCAUGAGUUUGGGAUUGGGCAAGAAGGUUUGUGCAGAAACACAGUAAAGCUGUGUUGAAUUCUCACCCAUUUCAGGUCAGAAAAGGGAGGCUGCAACUUCACUGGCAGGUUGCUUUUUUCCUACUGUUUGCCAUUGCCUUUUCUGAUACGUGGUUUGGUGCCUCCAAACCAAGACAGAAGGGGCCCUUUGCUUCCUAGCCACUCAGGAUGCACCCAGGCAAAACGGUAACUUCAUUUCAAACCAUCUAGCUUCUUCCCACCCCCAUACAUCUUUGUGAAUAUAGUAGUGUGCAGUUAGAGCUUGCAGUUUACUUCUAAAGCCCUUUAAAAGUGAUAGUGCUGGAUAACUGCAUUCAAAGUGUUUGGAAUGGUUUCAUUUUAGGUUAACUAAAGUAAACUUCUCUAAAGAUUUGAAAAAAUAAAAAUUGCACUCCAACUUUCUAGGCAUUUGCAACAAAGUAGUGGCAACAAACAGGGCAACAGAACUCUUGUUUAUAUAGCACUAUGGUGCAUGUGCAGGACAAAAGUGGCUCGCUCUUGUUAUAUGCUCUAGUAUGGCAUACAUUGCAAAUACAGAACAGCAGCCAAUCUCUAGUUGCUUGCUCUCAAAUUUAAUAGGAAACAAGCAACAUCCUUCUCUCUCCCCUGGAUGUACAUGUUGCAAAUAGAAAUUUGAGUUCUCAUUGUUUGCUGCUUUAUAAUCUCCAGGGAAAUAGGUGAACUUAUGGGACCAGGUUUCCUCUCCAUAAUCACUCUUUGCAUUUGGCUCCCUUAAUUGUUGCAAUCUGUAUUAGGACAGACGUCCCAAACUGUACGUUGCUCAUUCAAAGUGGUAGACUAUGAGGCACAUACAUACGCACCUUAACUACCCUAGUCCUGCAUCUUGAAGGCUGUUCUCAAAAUCACAUUUUAACUGGCACACGUUAUGAACUUGCCUUGUGCUCUGGGCUCAUUUCCACAUCUGGACACCUCAGUGAAGCUUCUUUACAGGCUAUGUACUUAGAAGCUGAUUUCUGGGCGUUGAACAUGAGUUCUUUGGAUGUGGAGUAACAGAAUGAAGAUUAAGCAUGCAACAGGCUGCUUGUCUUGUGGAUCAUGGGCACUGAGGGACUUGCCAUCCCGAGGACAGUGCCUGAGAGCAAAUGGUUUCUCUUCCCACUGGAGAGUUGAAGGGCUGGCUUUAUCUGUUUGGGGGUCAGCUGCAUCCUAUCUGUUGUCAAUGAAUCAGUCAUAUUGGCACACAGCCCUGCUGUUUUCUUUUGCUAAAGCUCUGUUUGGUGAUGGCAUUCUUUCAGCAGAAAAUUAACUUCCCAAUUCCCCAUCAAAAUUCCAAGCUGAGAGCCCAUCAUAAUGAAGUAAUUUUUAUUGCUACAAGUUUAUGGCUAAAUAUUCAUAUUAAUAGGAUGACAUGCUGGAAAGUGAUCAACUCAAUGGGUGGAUACUAGUAAAAUCACUUAAGGAGAUUUUUAACAUUUUAAAUAAUCAGUUUAAUAUUCCUGCUAAACUUGAGCCGUAUCAAUGUCAUGAUGUUGGUAUUUUUAUUCCAGCCUGCCAUUGUCAGGUCUGCAAAAUUAAAAAAUAGAAUGCAGACUUAAAAUAUAUCCGGAUAUGUACAGUUUGUACUGUAGUUCUUGUUCCAGCAACGAAGCAUCCUGAUUAAGACAGUGUGGAAGGUAUGGAAGAGAUUUGUCAGCUAGGGCGAUGCCAAGGUUCUGCCAAUGCAGUGAGGCAAGCAGGGUGCGACAAGGAACCUACAACCGGGAGAAUUGUGCAGUCUUGACCACUGGCUGCUGCGUAUGUUUAUAUUUCUAGAGAGAGGGAGAAAUGCAACAAUUAGAUCAGCUGAAUUUGCUUUCCAAGGAUUCAAACCCACCUGGCUCCCCCCCCCCCCCCCGGCAUGCUGACAGAAGUUCCUGUCUCAGCCACCGAAGUAGUUUAGUCUCCCUAGCUGGGGAAGAGAGACUAGAGAGGCACCCUCUACAGAGAGAAUACAACCUCAGCUACAGUGGGUUAGCAUUCUCUUCUCCACUGCUAUGCCACUUACCUGAGUAACCUGGGCAGUGCCAUGUCACCUCUGCCUCCCUCUGCGUGGCACCACACAGCACUGAAACUAUGCAUGAGAUUCGGUGAAUAAUACACUGCAAUGCCCUGGAUUUAGAUGUUUGGGGGUUGGCACACCUUGUUAGAAAAUCCCCCCCCCUUUUUUUUCAAAGGAUUGGCUUGAGGAAAGAUGAUGUGAUUAUGCUGUACAAAUAACAGGCAUGGAAGGGCAAUAUGUAAAAGGAGGAGAGGAAUCAGAGGAAAUGUACAAAAAUAAUGAGGCUUUUAAAUGUUGAAACAUGUUAAAUUUAGAAUGUUACUGAUGAGGAGCAUGUGCUUCAAUGUUUCACACUGAUAAUGCAGCUAUGGCUGGUUUAUUCCUAGAAUUUGUUAGCAGCACAAAAAGAAGCUGCUAUGCAAGAAGUAUCCUCUCUCUGUUAAAGAACUCAUUUCACCCUUAGGAUCAUAAGGAAAAAUGCUCAUGCUGUUCAAUUCACCAUAACUUUACUUAGCAUUUAUGCAAGAUUAACACUUCGAAAUGCACAGUAGAGUCACUAGUAAUUAGAAGGCUGUAUUGUGCUAUUGAAGAAAAGAAUGUGCUUAAAUGUAAUUACUUACAUUAGCUAGGAAGCUUGUGAGGUAGUAUAACCCUAAAGUGAGGGCCGGGACUUCCUGAAACCAGCCGGACAGAGGAGGCCUUCUCCCCCUGAGGGUAGUCUGGUGGUCUGCAUUCAUAAUGGCUGGGUGUUAAGACUGGUGGAAAGCUUGUUAAGGAUAGACAUCAUUUUUCACAGUAGAAGUCUGAAAUAUGCCUCAUGGUAAAGAGAAACUUUAAUGGCAGCAAGUGAUUGGGCACUAGAAACUAGCUGGACAGAUGCUAGAUACUAGUCCUCAUAUUUUAGGGAUAGUUAAGCAGGGGGAAAGGGUCCUGUUCAUCAAUGGGACACAAAAUGGAUUCUCCCAGGGGAAUGACUUACAAACCUUCACCUCCAAUAGAUGAUGAAAAGUCGCUUCUGUGAAAGUGGGGGCUGAUUCAUGCUACUUCCUAUGCUGUUCCUCACUGAUCUGCACAUACUUGUUUUGGUCUAUGAACCUUGAUUCUUGUCCACCUUAUCGAAAUUUAGCAUGCAUGUUUUUGUGGUUCAACUGAAGUAAGAGAGUUCUGCAGUAUCUUUUAGUGAUGCCAUUUUCCCAUCUUGUCUCCUUGCCCCACUCAGACAAGGCACAAGUGUAGAGCUGGAAUGUAAAGGAAAUUUGGAGGAUCUUGCAGGAAUGACCCCUAGUGCUCCUUAGUUCAGCUCUGAAACUGAAACUAUGGCUUGCAGAUGGACAGGGCAGUAGAGCCCCUUAACUUCAGCAAGCUUUUGUUGUGCUGGGCUAGCACUAACUUCUAGUUGUUCUUCCCACUGCCCCAACAGAAGAACUGGAUACUUCCCGGUUAAUGGUUUUACCAGGGAACUCCAGUCCUAAUACUUUGGGAAAUUAUAUCAGGACCAAUCCAGAGUGCAGUGUUCUUUGCUAGUGUUUUCUCCUAGCAGCCUGAAGGGAGGAGCAGAAACUUUUUGAAAAGUUUGGUGGAGUUCACUGAAUCUUUGAGGGCACAGCUGUGUACUUGUUUGGCAGUGUUUCGACUUUGGUGUCAGUCAGCAGAAAGCAAAAUCAAGGCCUUAAAUGUUUUUUAUUCAGCAUAUUCUCUAUAUUCAUCCUUCUCAAAUAUUGCAGGGUUCUUAACCAGAGCCACCACCUUUAUACUAUGUCUGCUUCAUACAAUUACCCACAAACGGGAUAAUGAAGGCAACCUUUUCGGAGGCUUCCAACUAUAAAAGCUGCCCCUACAACACGUUGGUGGGUAUAAGCCCCUCAGAAGGGUAUCUGUCUCUGCAAGAAUUAACUCUUCCAGCAAGGAGAGAAAGUUUAGGCCUUUGGGCAAGUUACUCUUCUUUUAGUAUUACCAGGUUGCCUUCUGGUGAAUGAUUAUAUCCAGCACAGCAAGUCAUUUUAUGUAUGAUUAAACCCAUACAUGGCAACACUGGGUGAAAACACCCACUACAUCCUUAAUAUUUCAAAUAUCACAGGAGAUUUGUAAAGAACUAUGAACACUCCUUGAAAGAAAGGCAGGAUUAACUAAUGUAAAAUUUACAUAUCAUGUAUGGUCAACGGUUUAGGUGCAGCUGCAUCUUUCACUGAUGUUUGUCUUACUGUGUUUCCCUUCCCUCUAAUCCUAAAGCUAACAGGCCAGGAACUCUCUUGAUAGGAAACUAAGUUCUCCAUGCAUGAUGUGAAGAAACCAAACUGACCUCCAAUUUUCUAUAUAAUUUACCUUUAUUUUUUGGCACCAAAAGGUCAGAUGUUCAGGCCUAAUAAUACAUAGUAAACUGUGGGAAAAAGUUGUUAAGCUUGUGGCCCUUUUCUUGAGUUACAUAACCCUCGCCUGAAAGCAAAACCACACACUAAAGUUUUGCAAGGUUGUUUGGGAAGGCAGCCAAGGAAAAGAAAUAGGUCUACUUGCUGGAAAGGAAGGCAUGGGGAACUCCAUUCAGCCUGGUCUCUUUCCAUUCAUGGACUGGUUCUAUGAAAUGUACCUUCUAUCCAGUCACUUGCAGGGGUGGUCAAGUGUCCUAGCAUUACAUGCUAUAAAUUUGUGGUAUAAGGUGGUGCUUGUGCUAUGCUUUUGUUACCAGUAAUAAUAUAGUCCUUACAUUUUUCAGAGAAUUUUAUUUGUAGAUAGACUUCUACAAAUAGCUACAUUGCAAUAAGUAGGCCACAGGUGCAGCAGGACAACUGGAACUUCUGACAGAGCUAUUCUAAAAUGUUAGCUUUUUGUUAUAUUGUUUUAAAAUGUUUUGAAGUUGGGGAAUAUGGUUGACUUAAAACAACCUGGCUCUAUUUUUCUAGUUGUAUCUAGGAUAGAGAUCAGGCACAGAGAAAUCUGGAUUCUCAGACAGGCCAUCAGCAACAGCUUGACCUCAGCUGAAAAUCCAUUAUUAUUAUUAUUAUUAUUAUUAUUAUUAUUAUUAUUAUUAUUAUUAUAACAUUUCUAUGCCGCCCCUUGCCGAAACCUCGGGGUGGCUUACAACAUGAUAAAAUACAUUGAAAUACAAUAGUACAUAAUAAAUUACCAUUAAAAUCCAUGCUCAGAUCCCCUUCCCCUCCUUGUAGCCUUUCCAAUGUCAGAAGAUUCAUCUUGCAAAGGAGGCAAGGGAUGGGGAGGGGAAGAGACUGAGGCCACUAAGAUACCCUGACAGCACGCCAGUCUCCUUUCCUUUCCCAGCAAAGAGCUGACAUGCAGGGCAGGAGGUGUGUGAGUGAGUGAGUGAGUGAGUGAGAGAGAGCGAAUUGAGUAUUUUUUACCCCGUCCAAUACCCAACGGGUCUCUGGAUGGCUUACAAUUCAAAAGAUCCCCUCAGCUGUAGCUCCAGAACUACUCUGGGUGCUUGUAAGCCUCUGAGUUAAUGAGCUUUUGAGCACUAAGGGGGGGGAAGUUGAUGGGAGGGAGCCCAAAAAGCUUUCAAUAGGUGCUGAUAGGCACAUAUGGCUCUUACUCUAUUAGAUUUCAAACAACCCUGGGCACAUUUUAUUUCGAACUGCUUUUAACUAUUGCUGCUCAUUUUUUCAGUUUUAUAUUGAAGUUCUAUGUGUAAUGGUUAUGGUAUUUGCAGCUAUAGGGAAAAAAAAUAUCUUGAAAGGAAUUGUAGAGGUCUCUGAAUGCUUAAAGAAUAAAUAGUCUGGAGAGAGGCUGGAACCCUUUAAUAGAUGUCAGUAGAGUGGAGGCCACCAUUUCAUCCUGUGUAAGUUGACCAUAGAGAAAAAGUAAUAAAGGAUAUUUGCUUCCACAGGCA